ACAGGGCAAGUAUUUCAGCUCGGGGCCAGAGUAAAACAUAUUCAGGCUACUUUUCGCACGUCUGAGGUUUCCAUAAUUAAACGCUAUUGGCUAUUUUUACGUCCUUGUACUUCAGACAAGUAUGCCUCGACCCUUAUGAGGUAAUCACCAUGUUUCAAAAAUUCCCACCGCUUAUAUUCAUGACGCGACAUCCGUUGCCUUUCAUACGUGAAUAUUCCUCAAAAUUUCUUAAAAUUUUCUAUUCAAUGGGCUGGGCCCAAGUUAACACUAGACAAUUAAAAGUACCAAUUUUUUUUUUAUUGGAAAAUGUUCUCGUAAGUCUUCGGUAACCAAGGACAAGAACCGAAGACCUUUCCGCAUGUUUUAUUGGCGACGAGAGCGUAUAACGGUUUGGUUUGUUAGAAAUGCGCCUUCAAGCGAUCAGGCUCUCUUAAAAAUAAUUCUGUUGCUCAUUCCUCCCGUUCUCUCAUUGAGAAUUCCACGCAGCCGUUUAAUGGAUACAGCUGGUUCUCCUAUCAAACAAUAGCUGGUUGUUUUGUGAUAAAUAAUCCCAAAGGAUACGCCAGUGACAGAUGUCAGAAAAUUGGGAUGCUGUGGUUAAGGUGUACGAGGAGGACGACGAUGAUAAUGAUUAUGACGAUGAAGAGGAAGCGGAGAAGAAGGAGGAAUCAACGUUAAAAGAAGUGUGCGACAAGGAUGGAGCCUCAACAUCAGUAACUUGCAGCACGUUGUGGAGUGACGACAUUAUUGACAUGUCCGAGCUUGAUUUGGAAGAUGAAGAAACUUGGCUUUUACAAAGCGAUAAAAGUGAAUUAUUACGCUGUGAUCUUCGAAGUUGGCUCAGAAGAGAUUUCCAUGGGGACCGUGGAAAGCUAAAUAAUAUUACGAUAAACGACAAUAAUGAGGUUGGAUUAUCAAUCGACACUAGGACCUUUACACGAUGUAAAAAAAAAAUGCCCAAGCUGAACUUGGAUUAUACUAAAGAGACAACAUUACCUGGAGGCAUUAUCCAGAAUGAUAGCGAAUCAUCGUGGAGUAAAAUAAAAAUAAAUUGGAAGGAAGAGGAGAAAAGAAGUGAGGACUCCAUUCCGGCUAUGUUGAGACAAUCAGUGACAGGCAUGAUAGGUUCCUCCAGGUGUAAUACUCAAGAAAGUUUGGAAGCUUUUCUAGACAUGUCACAAUCAAAAUGCAUCGAUUCAUUUAUUAAUCUGGCUGAGCCUGAAUUUAACGAGAGUAUUAUGAAUACGUCUCGUCCUUCAUUUUUGUCAACAACAAUGCCAAGCCACUCAAUGCAUUCGAUUUGCGAAACAACUAAUAUUGGAAUGGCAGACUCUCAAAUUCUUACAGAAUCCAUGAUGGAAACUAGUAUGUUUAACGAAAUGGAUGGUGAUAUUGCCAAUGUGAAUUUUUCUGCAGUGAUAGAAAGAAAUUGGUUUGAUUCAGAAAAAACUACCACAGUAGAAGAUGUAUCCAUCAGUGAUGGUGAUAAGACAUUCACUGCGAAUGAUUUUCCGGAGGAAGUAUCAAUAUCUGAUAGUCAAGAACAUUCAUGUUCCAUAAAUAAAACAUUCGAUAGAUUACCAGCGGCAGCCGCACAAGGUUCAAUUUGUCUCAAUACAAUUGAGCCAGGGAAAAAUUGCGAUGAAAAUGUCUAUUCAAAUAGGUUAUUGAUGAAAAUUCCAUUAAAUUCUACAUUUAAAACAUCUGAAUAUGACGACGAAAUGAAAAAUAUCAUCAUUGAACAGGAGGAUGAAAUGCCAUCGAAUACGACAUAUGUCGCUGAUACGAAUGACGAUGCGACUCUUCCAUUUCCGCAUUAUUCACAGGAAUCAGAGACAAACUGUCGCCAUUCAUUACUAAUAGCCCAAAAUAAUGAAAUGAAAUCGCUUGAUAUGACGUAUUCCACAAGGGAUUUUAUCAUGUCAAAUGAGUCGAUUAAUAAUGGCAUGAAAUUGUCGCCAUCGACAAAAGAUGAAAUCUAUCAAGAUCAAAAUGAUUGUAUGCCUUCUAAUCGUUAUCAAACAUAUCGAAAAUCUACGGCAAUUAAAAAAAUGGAAUCUGCCAAUAAGGUAGCUAAUCCUAUUUUUAAAAAUCCAUUAAAUUACGAUGAACCUAAUCGAGGAAAGUCGAUGGAAAUAUUAAAUAAGUUGAGUAGUAAAACACUUGAUUCUCAACAGGUUUAUACAAAAUUAAAUGGGCCAAAGUCUUUGUCUCGUUUACCUCAAACCUUUCAAAAAUCGAACCCCAAUCUCCGGUCGUAUAAUUCCACCUUUACAAAAGGUAAAACAAUAACUGCACCAACAACAACUAAAAUAAUUCAUCAAUCGAAAUUUGGUUUUCAACCCAUUGGAAGAGGAAUUAUCAAAAAUGGCCCGUCAAUAGCGCCCAACCGAGUCAGUAAUUUGCCUAAAGCACAGGGAGCAGAAUAUGAUAGAAUGGAUACUAGAAAGUCCAGUGAAAGCAUUGAAAGCACUCUAAGCACUUAUAGUGGUCCAGACAUUGACGAUGGCUUGAGCACGUGUUCAGAGGGUAGCACUCAUUUGAAUGGCGAAAAAAUGACAAAUCGUGAACAAAUUAAUAAAAUUGGUCGAAUGCAAGAGGAGGCAUUGAGUCAGGAAUCAACUCCAAAGGGAGAUAGGAAAAUUUUGGACUCUACAUGGAUCACUAGUGAAACAGACCUUCCGUCACCAAUUCCCAAGAAUAAUGAGAUAAUAGGCAAUCAAGUGAUUUCCUCACAUGAUACUGAUCCAGUCAUUAAAACGAGUUCACCUGUCAUUAGUCCCGGAGAAUCUCCACAAACUCUUUCUUCAAAUCAAGCCAAUCAUGUAGCAGACGAAGAGAAAAUAACGAAAGUGGAUAAAAGUGCUCCACUCAAUAAAUUAUCGUCUGUAUUCAAGCCACCCCAGAAUCACGAAAAUAAGACUGAUGCUGGUCAUUUACCUGUAAGCCGAUCGUCCAAUCUACCAAGUGGAAUACCUCGGCCUGCAUCGCGAAUUCCGGCGCCCAGAUUUUCUCGAAUCCCAGCACAAGUGAGAAGUCAUAGUAAUAUAAAGAAGGGCCUUUUUUGACACAAAACAUUUGUUGAACUACUUGAGUCACUUCACAACUUUUUCACUUAACAAAGUUGAUUUUUAUAUCAGUUUUUUUUAAUUUAUUUUUUUUUGUUGAAAGUCUGAGGCCUUCUAAAUAAAUUGACAAUAUGAACGGGAGAGAAUUAUUAUUCAAUGCAUAUCGAAGAGGAUUUAUAGAUUAAUUCCGGCUGUAUAUAUAAACGUGGAGAAAUAAUUUGCUGAAAAAAAAGAGAAACUAUAGUUAAGAAAGGGCCUUGAUUUCCAAAUACCAAUGUGCCUUCUAAUGAUUAACAUAAAAAUAAUAUUGUUAGGCCAUAUUUAAGCUUUUUAUAUUAUUGCGACAUGUAUUGUUCUCUCUUCUCUACUACAAUCUAUUUUUUAUUCAAUAAUUCAUUACUGUUCAUACAAUAAAAUCGCCAAUACUAAAAAUCAUGAA